UAUCACAGGCUCAAGUCUGUUUGAAGGCUGAUGUUCUUCAUUUUGUGUUUUGGUUGAUUUUUCURCUUUUUUCAGUAAAAUGUCCGGUAACGAAAACGAAAAUAAGCCUGAUAUGAAGAUGGUUUCAAUACCUUUGUCAUCAGAUGAUGAAAUAACGAAUGGUGGGAAUCUUCGAGGUAGCCAGACUCUGAAGACAGAUAAAGUACCUGAUGAAAUCCUUGAUGAAAAUGAAGUAGAGGAGAAAAAUAGACUCAUAAAUGAAGUGCUUGAGCUGCAAAAUACUCUUGAUGAUCUCUCACAAAGGGUUGAUGCUGUGAAAGAUGAAAAUCUAAAGCUUAAGUCUGAAAACCAGGUCCUUGGCCAGUAUAUUGAAAACCUGAUGUCAGCCUCAAGUGUAUUCCAACCAACAAGUACAGGGGGCAAAAAAAGGCAAAGUUCUGGAAAAACAACUCCAAAAAGAGGAGACAAAAGAUGAAGAAAUAAUAUGACAAAUUAAGUGCAAUUUUUUUAUUAAUUAGCAAAGUUAUUCUUAAAGUUGAAAGAUGAUUAGGCAGUAGUUGCUGCUAUAUUAUUGCGCCAGACAACUGUGUUUAUUUCUUUAUAUUUAGAUGAACACAUGAAACACUGUCACAAAACAGGCAAAGAGAAAAGUAUAUUGUUGUAUAUAACUAAUAAACAUACUCUAUAGCAUUAUGCCGAUAAUAGAGCGGAUUUCGUAUGAGUGGGAAACGGACGGUACUGUACUGUGUUAAAUUCAAUAAGAAUAUUUUUUUAAUCCCUAAGUUACUUCCGGUUUAUGUCGUAAGCAUGUAUGGCUACAAUGUAGCUACAUGUACUGCAUAUUGUAUUCAAGGUUGUCAGUAGUAGCCUUAACCACCAUUUACUUGACAAAACGUUUUGUUUUUUCUCUCCUAAUGCUGCAGAUCAAAGCUCUGGCUACUUUUGCUAGAACAGCAGUCUAUUUUUUUUUACUACUGUGAACCAUGCAUACCACUGUACAAGUAGAUUGUCUAUGAAAGAUAUUUACAUUACAAUAACAAACAGUAUUGUUAUGCAAUAAUAAUAUUACGAUGUAAGCGCUACUUCAACCUAAAAGUUAUUUAUUUUUGUCGAGCUUUCGGCUCGACAAAAAUAAAUAACUUUUAGGUUGAAGUAGCGCUUACAUCGUAAUGAAUAGACCAACCUACAACCAUUUAUUUGAUCUAAUAAUAAUAUUAUUAUCAGCUAUUUCAAAAAAUAUACACAAACUAAAGAUAAUAGUGCAUUUUGUAAAUUCAUGGUUGUAWUAAUCAUUUUUAUUUGACUGUGACUUAUUAACUUAUGCUAAAAUUCAUAGUCGCUGCACAGUCAAAUGAAUAAAUGACUCUAAUUGCACAUUAUACAUGGAAAUAUGGCAAUAGCAUUCAAAGACAGGUAGAUGUGCCUGUUUACCAGAUAAUAAAAUCCGCUAGUUUAUUUAUUUCCAAGAGGUGGACAUUGAAUAGGGUUAUAUAUAGAUAAAACAGAUUACAUCAAUAAAACAUUAAAGAUUUAGCAAAGUGCUUAUUA